CCAAGAAACAAGAUGGCGCUGUACAGCAGAAGAAAACAGCUUUCGAUUCGGGAAAACUUCCCUCGGUUGGCAAUGCAUGUUUGUUGGUGAAUCCUGCAGCAUUUUGACUCUAAAGGCAGCCAUCAUCAGUCAUGCCUAUUACUCGGGUUCCCAUCGUUCACAAAUUUGGGAUCAUAUCCCAGUCACAGCGGGAGGAGUUGCAAGAGAGAUUACUCCAGCAGUCCUACCUACAGAGUGUCAAGACGCAGCGGAUCCCACCAACUACAAGAAACCCUUUGGAACUGUCGGAGAGCUUUGUGCAGCAAUUCAAUGGCACCACCAGUCUGGAUGAGAAAGAGAAACUGGAAGCAAUUGCCCACAAAAUGCUCAAUAGAACCAAAAGGAGAGCAGGAAUUUUGGAAGGUGGCAAGGGUAAGAAUGUGGACCUCCCUAAGGCCUGGACAGACCUCUCCAUGCUGGCACAGUGCCGUGGAAAAAUACAAGAGGAGUGCCUGGACCUGUUGAUUGUCUCUCUCAAUCAGGCACCCCUGGUCACCAUCCAUAUACCCAGUCUCUUCUACCUGGCUGAGACCACCUUGUACUGGUUACGCACUGAUGCCAUGGACCAACCAUUCCUCAGAAUAGGAGAGAUCAAACUGCUCAAGAUGGGGCAAGGCGUGUUCCUGAGGCUGUACUACCAUCACAUGGCCGGACACUUGAAGGGAUACAGAGAAUAUAAAAACCGACUCAUUACGUACCUAGCAGCCCUUGCAAUAGGUGUCAGAGAAUGUGAGGAAGCCUACAGCCCCUACCCUGGUGCCCAUCUCUGCCUCCGCUUUAUCUCCGAGGUAGGCAGACUGGUGGUGGAGGACGUACUGAACGAAGACCCAGCUGUACCGGGUGCUGCACCCCAGACGGCAACACAGGCCAGACCCAAGAGUGCGGAUGGUGGGGCGAGGACAGCAUCCCGCCCAGAGCCGAACUCGGUGUCUGAGUUUGACAACAUCAGUGGCCGACACCCAGAUCAGAUUUUAGAGGAGGACGAAGACGAUUUGCCCUCUCCCACCCCCACCCCAAAGCUUGAGAGGAGCCUCCCGGACACGCCCUUGCCUAGCGGCAUGGGGAGCAUCGUCAAGCCACGGACUCAAACCGGUCAGAGCAGCAUUCAUGACUUGAGCCCCACGCUGUGGCACAGCCUAGACGUCUGGCGCUGCGUGGUCCAUCUGAGUGGCGGAUUCCGCGAGGCCGUGAGGGCGCUGUCCAUGUGCGGGAGUACGCUGGCGACCGAGCACUGGGUUGAUGCUUUGUGUGCAUUACGUGUCAUUGCUGAGACAGCAAGGAGUGAUUUGAAGGUCCUCAAAACCCUUCAGAAUCUUGCAAGAGGUGUGCUCCCAAGCACAACCCCACUGCCUCCAUCCCCACUGAUCCCGUCCGAAGAUGUGGAAUUGCAGGACAAUAAGGAAGAAGAGACAGGAGAGAAAGUCGAGGAGGGGGAGCUGGAAUCCAUCGUGAGUGGCUUGAGUCAGACCUCCCUGAUGAGCGACCUCCACUUGGCUGAUCACGGCCGGGCAGGAGGGCUGGCCAAGAAGCUGGCCCCAGAGAGUGACUUUGUGGCUGAUGGCAAGCACCUGAGUGACCUGAGUGGUGGCUCACUGCUCAAGUCCGCCCGCAACACCUCUACCUGUGUCCUGAUGGACACGCCAAAGCAGGCUGAGCUGUUGACCAGUCCCAGUAGCCUGGGCCAGAAGGCCUCCUCCCGCGGGGGCUCCACCCCGUCCACUGCCCUGAACGUCAGCAGCGCCCGGGAGAGCCUGAACUCGGCCGGCGACCUCCCGCUGCCCUCGGGCCUGGACGACCCGUCCGGAUCCAUCGAGGACAGCGACCUGGAUCCGGGGGACGACAGCGAAGUGGAGGCCAAUGACGUGGACGUUACCAGACCCCAGGUGUCGAUGCCCCUGGAAACGGGCCAGGGGCUGCCGGAAAUCGGCGUCAAGCUCAGGAGGGAAGUCAGCUUCGACGUAGAGCCCACUGACAGAGAUGGGGAUCUGGAGGGGGACUUACCCAAGAAAUCCAGCCUGAGGGAUGGCUCAGGGAGGAGCGAGGGAACACGAAAGAGUAACAGCGCUAAAUCUGUCACCAUCGAUCCCGUUCCUGACACACAGUAUUUCUCCGAAGCAAGUGGCAGCACCAGUAACAAGCAGGCAGCUCAAACAACUGCGGUCGCUGGCUUGAAAAACAAACAUCCACUGGAGACUCAAGGCCUUGCUGGCUGGCCCUGGGAGGUAAGCUUCGCCUACGCCGAGCUCAUGUCUCACCUUUGUUUGCACGGAAGCACGGCAGAGAUCCAGAGAACCGCUCUCGUGGGCAGCAAGAAGAAAGGCUAUGGGCCGUACAUGCACAAGAAGCAGGCGGGCUCCGGCUCCAGCCAGGCACCGGCUGAUGAGGAGCAGCAUUGUCUGUCCAGCGCAGGACUGUUAGACUUGGCAGAGUACCAGGGAAAGAUUGAUGGUGACGAGACUGAUGAGUCAUCCCAGUGGGGUUGGCGCAUCCGCUACUCGGCCAUCCUGGGCCUGGUCAAGGUGACCCGAUGCACCAGCGCCGAGAAGCUACAGGAGGGCAUGCGGACCGUGGCCUGGAAUGCCCUGAUGCGCUGUCACUCCAUGGAGCGAGACCACAGGGUGCUAGAGGCCUUCAGAGUGGGCCAGGUCGAAGCCCACAUUGAGACCCAGAUGCAGAAGGCUCUCAUCACGCGCUCUUUCAACUCCAGGCUGGCGGGCGGUCUGGCUGCGGCCUACCUCCCGCCGCUGGCGCCCCCAGUGGAGGUUUCCAAGAAAUCCCCCCGCCGUCAAGUGGAGAUGCCCAAGCCCAAGCAGCCAGUCAGAACGGGGCCCAACAGGCUGUCCUUGAAGCAAGAGCUGCUUCUAGCGACAGCAUUAGAUGAACAACCCGUAGAUUUCAAGACACGCACAGAUUUGGACCUGAAGAGGAUAGUGGAAGACCAGUGGCGUAAAGAGUUGCAGCAACAACUGGAGGAAGAAGAGAAGGCCAAGGAGAAGGCACUGCAGGAGGACCAGGAGACAGAAGAGAGCCGGCAGAAGGAACGCUCCGACGCCAAGGCUCGUAAGCUGAAUAAAGGUGGUGCAGUAUCUCCUCCCAGGCCUAAGACACCCAGCGUUGUGUCUUGUUGAUAACUGACAUGGCAUUUAUCGUGUCCUGUUCUAGCAAAGUGACUCAAAAAGUUACCAGAGCCACGUUGGAUUUCCAGACCUUCAUAAAGACCCUUUCAUGAUGGGACUCACUAGGAACCCUCAGCAUUCUUCUCCCACGUAAAUGUCCAUUUACACUGGAAUGCCAGACUGUGUGAAAUAUCCAAACAAAGAGCCUGAUGUUGUUCUUGAACAAAUAUUACAGAAAAAAUGACCUUCAGACUCAUUUUUCUGGAAUCUGGUGAUAAAUUAUGAUUCCUGAAUUGAAACAAAAGCCAUAGCCUUUGAUCUUUGGAGGGCUAUUGUAGCCAUUUUCCUAUCUCAGGAUAUUUGCAUGUUGCAUUCAUGUAAUACAUAAACUUGUGAACUGUCAUGUUCAGAUCCUCCAAACAUACACUCGCCAAGGAGUGCCAUGUUUGCAAGGUCUUACAAAUUCUGUAGACCAACAAAAGUCUUCAGAAGGUAGCCCGUUGAAGCUCUCUGACUCACAAAUUCAUUAGUUUUUAGAAUUGUAAAUUACUGGAAAUGUCCAGGAAUUUGAUCCUCUGUUCCCCUGCCUAUCUUCUGUGUUGUUUUUUUCAUGUUCUUUUAGGAAAGAGAAAAACACUAGAAAACUUUGAUACAUGCUUGAGUGCCUUGAAAAGAUGAUUUACACUACAGAUGUUAACAUGAUGUGUGCUUAUAAAGUUAUCAAGUGCCUUGUUUGUCAUGCGUUAACAUUAAAAUCUUGUGAAUUUUUUUACACUGUACAUAUCUGUAUCCGUCCCAGUAAAACGUAGUUAUUGUAAAAAGUUGUAAAUAAUUCACUCUUAAACAUGAACCAGUCUAUGUAUCUUUACGUCGUCCACAAAAAUUCCGUCGAGUUGUAAAUUUUUUGCGUUUAAAAGCAGCUCACGUUUAGAGCAUGCCUUUCGUUUGAAAGAGCCCCACCAACCUGAAAUUGUAUCUUUCACAAUCUCUCAGGAUGUUUUGGAGAUUUUUUUUCAGGACUGGGUAAGGUUGAGCUCAGCCACUCAGUGUGUUGCUUAAUUAAAAGUGGUCCUGAAAAAGUUGUGGAAAAGCCAUGGGAAACUGGGGAAAAUGGGGCGUCCAGGAAUCCUGUUGUCAAGGAAAAGUGUCAUUAAAGAUUCAUGGAAAUCAAGAUCAUGGAAGGUUGUUUUUGCUGGGCCACUUUUGAUGUGAUAACAAAUUAAUACUUUACAGGCUAUACUUUGACCGGUUCUCUGAAAAAUGUCAUGGAAACUAUUAUAUUUUAGUCUGCAAAAGUUGUAGAAUUUGGUUUUCAGAUUUCUGUUGGAAUCCUGUACAAGUGGAGAAGGUUGGAGUAUCCAGGAAGGUUCCUUCCAAACAGACCCUGAAAGAUGGAGUUAUAUGAAGAAUACAUGAUACAAGGCUAGGUCACACUUCAGAUGAACGCUAAAAUGAAGCCAAUUUGAAACUGAAGCACAAACCACUUGAGUUAAUACGUGUUGUAACUUUUACAAAAUUCUCAGUGAACAUAUCAUCGGCAAAAUAGUUAUUUUGACACCAUGUUUAAUGUUUCCCACUGUAUGCACGUUGUGUACAUUGUGGCAAGACACGAAGAUAAAGACAGGAACAUAACAUACAUGUACAUUAAUUAUAAACAGAGUAAAUCUUUCUUCAAAACAAAUGCCUUCCCUUUUUUUCAACUUCUGUGUUCCUUUCUCUGCCAACCCCAUCUUGUGACAGAGAUUUAGACUAAUGACUAGAAGAUACCAAACAAAUCGUAUUCGUCUUGGAAACUAAAAAAAAAAAAUUAACGUGUAAAUAGAUGUAAAUGUUUUACAUCAGUGUGACUUUGUUAAUGGUCUUGUCCAAAUCCCGUAUCUGUGACAGGACCACUCCAUGCGGCGCCAUUUAAAAUUGAAAACAAUUUGGACGCAUCCAAUUAUUUUUAAUCUCACCAAACAGGCCUUGUGACUUGAUGUACACUAUGUAAUUGACAAAUUCAAUAAAUAGAAAUGUUUGUGGUACCAUGACGUUUGAUUCUGAAACUUGUUCAAUGCUUGUACUGUCAGUUAAUACUGUUUUUGUAUGAUUUUUACAAGUAUCAGUUACAAAUCUACCUUUUGCGGGAAAAAAUUACAAACCAAAAAUCAAGGUCCUAAAAUGUGCAGUAAAACUACAAGUUAAACCUUCAGGUGUUCUGUGUCCCUCCACAACGGUAACAACUGCUUUAUAAAUUCUGGAGGAAAGCCUGCACAACUGACACAUGCUUGGGCACAAUGAUAGUGGGGAUAUAACGUAUUUUCUCCUCUGCCUAAAGCUUUAAUAAGUUGUGUACCAGAUUUUUAUUUGAUUCCUGUCAUCUUAGGUAACUUUUUUUUUCUUUACGAGAGUGCUACCAGCUCUGGAGAAGUUGCACAGUUUGUACACUGGGCCCAAUUUUUGGGGCAAUGCUUUGACACCAAAAAGUGGUUUAAGCACUUUUUUUUGCUAACCUUAAACACUACAUCAUGGUGUGGAGAUUUCCAUUGCUUUGUCACUAAGUUAAGCAAAUUUUUCUUUUAGCAUGCUUUUUGCCGCGCUUACUCCUAAUAGUCGCCAUGAAAUAAUGUGGAGUCUCUCUACGCAUAAAAUUGUGUGCUUAGCAGCACCAUGAAAUUGAGCGCUGGAAGUAACUUUACAGCCCUUAAUGUUGUGUGCAGUCUCUUUUUGCUCUUGUAUUUUUUGCUAGGACACUGCUUACUAAUGCUUAAUUAUUAUUACUAAUUAUUUCUGUUACUGACACAAAGAGUUCCUCAAAAGUGCCCCAGGCACUGCAGCUCACAAGUCUGAAGAAACUUGUAGAGAGGAGACAGUGAGAAGCAGUUACAGUUUUAGAGGUGGGAGGAAAACCCCAGAGGAAUAUUCUGGGUAAGCCCAUGGAAUCAGGUAGGGACUGACAACCCAAUCCGCAAAUGGACCAGGCUGGGAUUGGAACCCAGACCGCAGAGGUGGAAGGCGAAGACAGAACUACUACACCAACCCGAUGCCCUUGGAUAAGCACAAUGACUGGCACUUAUGGGGCGCUAUGAGCGCAAGCUGCCCCAGUUGCUGAGCAGACAACCGAGUCAGCGGAAACUUGCUUUUUUUCUCUUCAAAAAAGUGCAAUCUUGGUAUAGUUACGACACAGUGGAAUACGAAGUGUGGUGUGACAAGGAAAAUGUCACUGCGCCCCAAAACUACUUUGUUGCAAUUGCCCACGGGGAUCCCAGUGCUCCUCAUGGGGCAUGCAAUGCACACCUAGCUCAGUGAAUAUUCAGCAAAGACAAAAUACGAGAGCAUCUACAUAGACCAGUGAUCACAAGAUACAUGUACACUGCUAUACAUUUUUGAUAAACUGACAAUCAGGCCAUUAUUUUUUCUUGAAGAUCACAUAAACAAGGCUAUUUUAGGAAUGUAUUGUUUUAACUCAAGCUAAUCAAUACAUGCUCUCUUGAAG